GUUGCGCUGUUAUUUAGUUUUUGAAACGAGUUCCACUGUUUAGUGGAAAACAGAAAAGUAUACUAAUAAUAGUAAGUGUAAAAGUGUUGCUAAUGAAAAUGUGGGAACUUUUUGGUACACUGACACUUCUAUUGACUUCAGAAACGUUUUUAGUUGAGGGAAAAUUAUCACUUUUCCGUCAUCGACUACCACCGGCCGAAGAACCAGAAAUUAGAGCAUCAAUCGAAUGGGGAACUGUUACUCAAAGAGUUGACCAUUUCAAUGUAGCAGACAAUAGAACAUGGCAAAUGAGAUAUAUACAAAAUAACGAGUUUUAUGAAGAAGGGCGCCCCAUGUUCGUGUUUAUAGGGGGCGAAUGGAAUAUAACAGCAGGAUGGAUUACAUCAGGACUGUUUGUUGAUAUAGCCCGAUUACACAAUGCCAUUUUAUUCCACACAGAGCAUAGAUUUUAUGGUAACAGUUAUCCAAUAGGCGACUUAACGGUCGACAGUUUAAAAUACUUAUCUGCUGAUCAAGCUCUAGCAGACCUUGUGUAUUUCAUUGAGUAUCAAAAGCAAAACACACCAGGACUUCGAAACAGUACAGUGAUCGUUGAGGGUUCAUCAUACGCAGGGGCUUUAGCAACUUGGGCAAGAAUAAAAUAUCCUCAUAUAGUAGAUAUUGCUUAUUCCUCCAGUGGUCCUUUAUAUGCUAAAGCAGAUUUUACAGAUAACGAGUUUUAUGAAGAAGGGCGCCCCAUGUUCGUGUUUAUAGGGGGCGAAUGGAAUAUAACAGCAGGAUGGAUUACAUCAGGACUGUUUGUUGAUAUAGCCCGAUUACACAAUGCCAUUUUAUUCCACACAGAGCAUAGAUUUUAUGGUAACAGUUAUCCAAUAGGUGACUUAACGACCGACAGUUUAAAAUACUUGUCUGUUGAUCAAGCUCUAGCAGACCUUGCGUAUUUCAUUGACUAUCAAAAGAAAAACAUACCAGGACUUCGAAACAGUACAGUGGUAGUUCAGGGUUCAUCGUACGCAGGGGCUUUAGCUACUUGGGCAAGAAUAAAAUAUCCUCAUUUAAUAGACAUUGCUUAUUCUUCUAGUGGUACUAUAUAUGCCAAAGCUGAUUUCCCAGAAUAUUAUGAAGUUGUGGAAGAAAAUUUACGCCUUGCCUCCCCCACUUGUCCAAAACUAAUCAGAAAUGCCAUGGCGGAAAUAAUGGAGAUGCUAGAAACUCCAGAGGGUUCCGCCAACGUGUCACAAUUAUUUCGUGCUUGUGAGGUUGUUAAUGGUUCAGUCGAAUCAGAUAGAUCUUAUUUUCUUAGCUCUGUUCCAUUCAACCUUGGAACAGUAGUUCAGUAUGCGCAACCGGGAGAUUUGGUGGCAGUGUGCAGAUUCCUCGAGAAUCAAACAGGUUCUGAUAUGGAAAAAUUAGCAAAGUAUGCAGCACCAACCUCAGGAUGUUUAGAUUCUUACGAUGACACUGUAAGAUCUCUUUCUACGACACAAAUGGGAACAAACGACGAUUUGCGUCAAUGGAUGUAUCAAAUGUGUGCUGAGUUUGGUUGGUUUCAAACGCGCGCUUUUGGGGACACAUUCACUAUAGAUUUGUAUUAUCAACUGUGCAGAGACCUUUUUGGGGCAGAAUUUGGUUCUUACACAGUCAAUAGUGGAGUUGAACAGACAAAUUUGUUUUAUGGUGGUAUAAAGCCGAAAGUAACACGACUUAUUACAUACCAUGGUUGGGUGGAUCCAUUUUCGAGGGUGGGAUUACUGAAUGAUUUAAAUGAGAACGCAAUUACAAUUAUUGUUAACGGUACUUCGCAUUCUGCCGAUUUGUACUCGAUUAGGGAUUCAGAUUCCGAAGAGAUGAAACAGGCUAAAACCAGGAUUAUGAACACAAUAACUGCCUGGAUAAUCGAAAAAGAAGAAAUCAUUGAAUUUACAACAGAAAAAAUCCAAUAACUUAUUGAUAUUAUUCUUUAUUAUUUUUUUGCUAUACAAUUUAUUUCUCUCAAGAUGUAUAUAAUGUAUACAUAUGUAUAGUGCACCAUAUUUUUUUUUAUUUACGAAUCAAAUUGUUACUAUUUACAUGAAUAAAGCUCAUUAUUAUCA